GGCAGUAUCAUCUGAGCGUAGCCCUCACGUGGACUCUCACCAGCAUCACCCAUGGCGUGCAGCAAGAUGUCUGUGCGGCUCGCCGCCAGCCUCAGGUGCCCGUUCACACUGCCGCUGCGCUUCAGCUCCACAGUAGCCAAGGCCAAGGAGCAGGCUGCAGAGGAUGGAGCCCAGGGGAAGCCAUGUCCCCUCAGCUCCGGAGGGGGUGACAUGGAGAGGAGCCGGCUCCACAAGCCUUGCCCUGCUGUCACUAUAACGUUUGAUAACACGCAGGAAGCCUAUAAGAGUAAAGCCACGUGGGAGCUGCUGCGGAGCCUCAUGGUGUUCUGGCUCUGCUCCGUGGAACCCUUGGUGGACCGGAAUCAGCAGAUACUCAAGUUAUCAAGAAAACUUCUUGGACAGAACCUCUUUGACGGAAUGAUGAAGAUGACUUUCUAUGGACAGUUUGUUGCUGGAGAAGACCAGGAAUCCAUUAAGCCACUCAUAAGACGCAACAGAGCGUUUGGUGUGGGGUCUGUCUUGGACUACAGUGUGGAAGAAGAUCUUACCCAAGAGGAGGCAGAAAAGAAGGAAAUUGAAUCUUCUACUGCUGAAGCUGAAAAGGAAAAUCUUGGUCCAGUGCAGCGAGAGAAGAAAUACCAAGUACAACCUGGUUUUGGCGACAGACGUGGAGGCGUCAUCAGUGCCCGAACAUAUUUUUAUGCUGAUGAAGCCAAGUGUGACCAUCACAUGGAGAUCUUUCUGAAAUGUAUUGAAGCUUCAGGUGGAAGUUCCGAGGAUGGAUUUUCUGCAAUAAAGUUGACUGCUUUAGGAAGACCACAAUUUCUGUUGCAGUUUUCUGAAGUGCUUGUAAAAUGGCGGAGGUUUUUCCACCAGCUGGCAGCAAAUCAGGGCCAGGCUGGACUUGCUGCUGUUGAAAUUCAGCUCGAAGUGGAGAAGUUAAAGGAGAGCCUGGCAAAUCUUGGAAUUGCUACAAAAGAUGAAAUUCAUAACUGGUUCACGGGUGAGAAUCUCGGACUAUCAGGGACUAUGGAUCUGCUUGAUUGGAACAGUUUAAUUGACAGCCGAACCAAGCUCUCCAAACUUCUUUUGGUGCCAAAUUUACAGAGCGGUCAGGUAGAGGCCCUCUUGUCCAGGUUCACCGAAGAAGAGGAUCUGCAGAUGAAGAGAAUGUUGCAGAGAAUGGAUGUUCUCGCAAAGAAAGCAGUGGAAACAGGUGUUCGGUUGAUGAUCGAUGCAGAGCAGACCUAUUUCCAACCCGCAAUCAGCCGUUUGACUUUGGAAAUGCAGCGUAAAUUUAAUAAGGACAGUCCCAUUAUUUUCAACACCUACCAGUGCUACUUAAAGGAAGCAUAUGACAAUGUGACUUCUGGUGUAGAGCUGUCUAGACGGGAGGGCUGGCAUUUUGGUGCUAAACUUGUAAGAGGGGCUUACAUGCAGCAAGAGAGGAGCCGAGCAGAAGAGGUGGGCUACGAGUCCCCAAUCAAUCCCACCUAUGAGAAGACUAAUGAGAUGUAUCAUAGAUGCCUUGAUUAUGUCUUGGAGGAGAUCCGACACAAUCGUAAAGCAAAUGUGAUGGUAGCCUCUCACAAUGAAGACACAGUGAAAUUCACUCUGAAAAGAAUGAAUGAACUAGGUCUUUGUCCUGAAGAGAAAAAAGUAUACUUCGGACAGUUGCUGGGAAUGUGCGACCAGAUAAGUUUUCCUCUUGGGCAAGCAGGGUAUCCUGUAUAUAAGUAUGUUCCCUAUGGACCUGUUAAUGAAGUUCUACCUUACCUGUCCAGAAGAGCACAGGAGAACCGAAGCGUCAUGAAAGGAUCUGCUAGAGAGCGGGAGCUUCUCUGGAGGGAGUUCAAGAGACGUCUGCUAACUGGCAACCUUUUCUAUGCUCCUAGGUUCUAGAGGGACCUUUUGACCUGUGGUGGAACUGACAAAAUGGCUAUAUAUAUGUGACGUAAAUUCUCUAUAACCAUAGUAAUGGACAAGAUAUCUGUUUGCUUUGAUAGAAGCACAUUAUGGGUUGCUGUUGAGCAUCAAACAUGAAAUAACAUUUGUAAUGUCAUUUUUAAGCAAAGCACUUACCUUUAGGGAACCUUUUGCCUGUGUAUUAGGCAUUUUCAUUUACAACAGGAUAUUUGAUCUAGUCGCUGCUCCUCAAACCUUGAAAACAUACGCUGGUCUAUGAUAACCAGGCACUCUGCCGGAGGCUGAGCUUAAUUUAUUACAAGGCGACAGAGUAAUAUAACUUGCACAAACAUUUUGGUGUUGAAGAAAUUGUGAACAAACAGUUUUCAACUUUUCACACCAGAAAACUGCCGUACAUUCAUGAUACCUCUAAGGGUCCAUUCACACAUCAGUAAGUGAUUUGCAGACCGCACAUCACAGACACUAUAAUAGAAAAUGCCUUUUCUGGUCCGCAAUGUUCUAUUUUUUUCAGGAACGGAAUUG